AUGCCUCUGUCUGCACCUGUCACGGCCACAGCCGUGGAGCGCAGCACGGGGCAGAUAGGUCGCGCCGCCGUCGCUGCCAUGCAGGGUCUGCGGCCCAACUUCGAAGACUGCCACGUCCUGGAUCAAAAACUUGGAAUCUGCGGCGUUUUCGAUGGCCACCUCGGAGAUGAGGCAGCGGCCUUCUGUGCAGAACGCUUGCCGCGGCACAUCUCGACCGCGCACGACGACGACGGGCUGCGCCAAGCUUUCGCCUUGUGCGAUUCUGAGUUGAUGGCUGCGCUUCCCAAGGAAUGCGAAGCAGGGACCACUGCAACCGUCGCCAAGAUGCAGCCAAACGGCCGCGAGGAUUCCAUCAUCGUGACGGUUGCGAACUUAGGAGACUCGCGCGCUCUUCUUUGGAGAAAAUCUUCAGAUACGAUAGAGCACACGCGAGAUCACCGUCCUGGUGACAAGUCGGAGCGAGAUCGAAUCACAGCUGCCGGCGGGGAGGUGAUUGAGGAUUUCGAUCCGCCACGCAUAGACGGCAAACUGGCCUGCAGCCGAGCACUUGGCGACUUCAGCUUCAAGAAGGGCCCUGGGACGGCUGCAGAGCAGAAAGUUAGCUCUGUGCCAGAGCUGUACCGCUGGAAUGCCCAACGUGGCGACUGGCUUAUCCUGGGGUGUGACGGAGUUUGGGACACGAUGGGCAACGAGGAAGUGGUGCAGCGCGUGUGUAAAUCCUCCAAAGAUGUGGGUGACACGGUUGCGGGUGUGCUGCAGCGUUGUAUCGACAAAGAGGCAGACGAUAAUCUCACCCUUCUUGCAGUUGAGCUGGGCUCUGUGCCGUUGUCGGAGCCUAGUACGACCGUCUCAGCUGGUGACUUCCUGAAGGAGAAAGAUCCGGCUGUGCUGGAGCAGUACCAGUCUUUCUGCCUGCGCGCUGGGUACGCAAUUGCUCGGGAGCAACAGCCGAAGGCACCUCCCAAGGUGGUCAUCACCGAGGCAGCGCGGAGCCCACCGGUGCCACGCUUCACGGCCAACGGCUACCACGAGCCGGUCGCGAACGGAAAGCAUGUCAACGAAUCUGCCCCAAUCGUUCGCGCGCCACUUGUGAUCGUGGGACCCUCCGGCGUGGGUAAGGGCACCCUGAUUCAGAAGAUCUUGGAAACGUUUCCAGGGCAGUUUGGCUUUGCUGUUUCGCACACGACGCGGAAGCCGCGGCCCGGGGAAGUGCACGGCAAGUCCUAUUGGUUCGUGGAACUCGAACAGAUGAAGAAGGAGGUGGCCACCCCAGGCCGCUUCUUGGAGCAUGCGAGCGUCCACGGCAAUCUUUAUGGCACCUCUCAAGCAGCUUUGGACGCUGUUCGAGACAAGGGCCAGAUUUGCAUCCUGGAUGUCGACGUGCAAGGAGCGAAGCUGAUCAAGGAGGUUCACAACGAAUUCAAGUACUUGUUUAUUAGUCCACCGAACUUGCAAGCGUUGGAGGAGAGGCUCCGAUCGAGAGGAACGGAGACAGAGGAGAAAAUCCAGACUCGUCUCCGAAAUGCCAAAGGCGAAAUCGAGUUCUUCGAAAAGAACAAGGAUUUCUUCACGUCGGUGGUCGUCAAUGACAAUCUAGGCGCUGCUACCUCGCAGCUUCUGGGUCUGAUGAGGACAUGGUAUCCCGAGCUGGCCGCAACGGAGGUGCAGCUUGAGAAUGCCCCUGCAAGAGGAGGCAUUGCCGAGGCGUUGAGGGCCUGGGUCGAUUGCGUCUGGGACUGUGGGGGCAAGCGAGAUGGGCCACAGACGCGUUGA